GCCAUUUUGCCAAAUCGUCGCCCGGCAAACCUCCAGCAACCCCUAUAUAAGGCCGGGAGAUUUCUAGGGUUUCCGCCGCCGCAGCCACACCCAGAACCAGCUAAACCCUACCAUCUUCGGAUUCCUCUCCACCGGCGGCCUCCCCCGUCAGAUCACCAUGUCGACGGAGAAGAAGCAGUUGAACCCGAUGCGGGAGAUCAAGGUGCAGAAGCUUGUCCUCAACAUCUCCGUCGGGGAGAGCGGCGAUCGCCUCACUCGCGCUGCCAAGGUGUUGGAGCAGCUGAGCGGGCAGUCGCCAGUUUUCUCCAAGGCGAGGUACACUGUCAGGUCUUUUGGCAUUCGUCGUAAUGAGAAGAUUGCCUGCUAUGUGACGAUCAGGGGUGAGAAGGCAAUGCAGCUUCUCGAGAGUGGGCUGAAGGUGAAGGAGUACGAGCUCCUGAGGAGGAACUUCAGUGACACUGGUUGCUUUGGGUUUGGUAUUCAGGAGCACAUUGAUCUUGGCAUGAAGUAUGACCCAUCAACCGGCAUCUACGGCAUGGACUUCUUUGUCGUUCUGGAGCGAGCUGGAUACCGCGUCUCCCGCCGGCGCCGAUGCAAGGCCCGUGUUGGGAUCCACCAAAGGGUGACCAAGGAAGACGCCAUGAAGUGGUUCCAGGUCAAGUAUGAGGGUGUCAUCCUGAACAAGUCCCACGCUAGCUAGAAAGGCUUUUGAGUGGAAUCUUAUGUUUAUUGGAUACAAAGUUUGCACUAUCAAUUUUGCCUGUUCUGUUGGGCUGACCUGCAUCUAUAAUUCCACCAAAUCUUUUCAUGGUUUCAUAUUUGAAGUUGAACAUUUCAUCAACUUUUUUCCUACUA